UCGGUGCCGCCCGCGACGCAGACUCGCUAUCGGGGCGCCUGCGAGAAGUUCAAGGGCUUCGCGUGCGAGCACGGGCUGAGCAUCCUUGCAGGAGCCGCAGUCGACAGCAGCCUGGAGGUCUACCUGGAUCACGUGUGGUUCGACGGCAGAAGCAUCUUCGACGCUGGCAGAUGCGCGUGGGGGGGCGUCUCACGAGACCCCAUGCCACAGCAGGCUCUGUUUCUUGCCUGCGACUGGCUCUGCGACAUGGGCAACAAGGCCAAUCUCAGCGCAUCCCAGGUGUACCAGACCACCGCAAACGAUAUCAAAGUGGCUCCUUCAAGCCUUCGAGGCGCCGGCUACCCUGCUGCCGCUAUCAUGAUAGCGCAGUCCUCGGAGGGCGACGAUGGUGGGGCUUCGCGGCGGCCCAUAACCAUGGCAGUGGAGCAGGACGACACUGUGGUCUUCACGGGUGCUGCCUCCAAGGAGGUCGGCGGCGAUCAGGUGGCUGGCCUUCUCGCCAAGCUUAAGGCAGCGAAGCGAGGCAGCUCCGCGCCCUUGUUCGGCCUGACCGUGGCGGAGUACGAGCGCCGCUGCAUGGCCGCCUUCGAGGCCUGCAGCCUUGGCGCCCUCUGCCUCGCGCCGCGCGUG